AUGUCCGCCGUCACGUCUACCUGCCGCGUUCACUUUGCCAAUGAACUUGUUUCCGACGUCUUUGUUGUGCCAAGAAAGACUGAGAGCGAAGCAAAGACUCUCUUCUACCAACCGGAGGACUGCGAUCGCUUUCGCAGUGAAGCCCGACUUGAAAAGCUCACUUCUAAACUCAGCAUGGACCUCAGCAGCAGUGGAGCCAGCAACAUUGAGUCUUUGAAUGCGCUAGCCCAAUUGGCGCGGUAUCAGUUCAAGAGUUUGCCUUCAUUCUCUCCCGUCGCUCCUGUUGCCUACGGUACCUCUCUUUCUCCUACCCGCCCACACUGCCGGUUCCCUCGUGGUGCCAGUGGAACUGCAUGCAUUGCAUAG